UCUUUCCACAGGAAGUAAGCAUCAAACAUCUCGUGAUGAGUGAAUUACAGAAGAAUAAAUUGGAUGGAUAAGGACUUUUUUUUUGCGCUCCCUCGUCAGGAUGGAUGCAAAAAAGAACACCUCCACGGAUUGCCGCCACGUCCGCUCAGGAUGCUGACUCGUGUUUUUUCAUUCCCGGGGACCGCCAACACCGUCACACCAGGGCCUCCAAGAAGCCAAGUGCUUUUUUUGCUACCUUUUGGACCCCAGAAAAAUGUGCGCUCUAAGAAUAUGGGGGGUGCUGUGCCUGAUUUUGUGCGCGGGCGGGUCGCCGUACCUCAACCAGGUGGACUACGUUGACUUCUACGACAACGAGGUGUCCAGAGAGCAACAUGGAGAGGAUUCCACGGAGUCUCAAACAUCGUGCCAAUCUGACAAUCUCCUUCGAUGGGACAAACUUUUUAUCGCCCUGGAGAACUCUCACAUGAGGCAGAACAUGCUGUUGGAGUCGUCGGAAUCAUGCCGCGGGGCCAUGACGUCCCUCAGGGCGCAGAUGGAGAACCCGGCCCGGACGGCGUCCCGCCAGUGCCCGUCUUGGCAGGCGGCCCUCAAGUUGCUUCGCCAGGAGCUCCGAGAAGAAGGCGAGGCGAGGGAGAGGCGCUUCAACGCCACCCUGCAGACGUAUAAUGGCUCCUCGCCGUUGGGUGCCAAAGAGCAGAACGUGACGUCACCCCCCGCCGACAGCGUGGAGAGGGCGCUGGUUGCCAUAGCGACCGAGCUGCAGAAGCUCCACGUGCAGCUCGGCCGAGUGAUCCAACAGGCGGGCGCGCUGAGAAAAGAGAAAGGAAACUCGUGAGAGGCCUACCCCCAAAUGGACUCCUGUCUUAGAGUGGCUAUCUAAAGUCUACACACCCCUGUGCAAAUGGUAGGUUUUUGUGAUUGGAAACAAAACGAGACUAAGAUGGAUCAUUUCAAAAAUUCUGUGAUGUAUAACCCGUAAAAAACUUUUGAAGACGGUAGAUGUCUCUUGGAAAGAUUAACGAGAGUUCUCCAGGUCAAGCUGAUAGGGGAAUGUUUUGAAAUGAUUUAUCUUGGCAUUUAGCAGUGGGUGUGCAAUCUUUUUAGAUCCACAACAUAUUUGCACUUUUGGAUUAUUAAUUGAGGAAUUUUACCCUCUUUGAACUUUUUGUCUGUCUUUGUCCGGAUGUAUUUGAAGUCAUAAAAAAAAGUCAUUAAAAGAAGACAAAUAGCCUUG